AAAACGCCGUUCAAUUUUGCGGAGGCGGAUCCGCAGGAAGUUUGGAAUUGGUUGUUGUCGCAGACACCUUCAAGGCAACAUUCAACCACGCUUGUGCCUGUGACAGAGACUCUUGUGAAUGUGGUUACUCCAAAUUAUCAGUUUGUCACAGAGGGUUUGGUGGAGCAAGUGACACCAGAACCUCUUCCACAGCUUUCAGUGGAUUACCAGCAAGACUUUGACGAAGACGGAAACAAUGAACCCAGGCAUUUCUUGGGCAACGAUUUGGUAAUCGCAACCACUGCGAAACCGUUGAUCGAAGCGGAUCUUCGAGACAACUUCCGGCCGUUCCUGAAGCCGCAUCAGAUAGAGAAUCACAAUGAAGAGCAGAACAAUGAGAGGUUCCACAGCACCCGG